AUGGUGCGCCUGGCAGCGGAACUCCUCCUGCUGCUGGGGCUGCUGCUUCUCACUCUGCACAUCACGGUUCUGCGAGGAUCGGGAGCCGCGGAGACGCCGGACGCAGCCGCGGGAAAUGUCAGCGGGUCCCAGCUGCAGAGUAACCUCAACCUGGAGAGUGACUCCACAUCAGAAAUCAGCUUUCCAUUGUCCAAAGAAGACCCAGAAGAGCACCAGGUUGUCCACCAACCCUACCCCAGACAGCGAUUCCCUCAAGACACUGAGCAUCCUUCACUGCAAAGAGAUGGCCCCAGAUCCUUUCUCCUUGACCUGCCAAACUUUCCAGAUCUCUCCAAAGCUGAUAUCAAUGGACAGAAUCCAAAUAUUCAGGUCACCAUCGAGGUGGUUGACGGUCCUGACUCGGAAGCAGAGAAAGAUCAACACCCGGAGAACAAGCCCAGCUGGUCAGUCCCGGCUCCUGACUGGCGGGCCUGGUGGCAGAGGUCCUUGUCCUUGGCCAGGACAAACAGCGGGGACCAGGACUACAAGUAUGACAGUACCUCAGACGAUAGCAACUUCCUCAGCGUUCCUAGAGGAUGGGAUCGCCCAGCCCCAGGCCACCGGACUUUUGAAACCAAAGAGCGGCCAGACUAUGAUUCCACAGACGGUGAGGGUGACUGGAGUCUCUGGUCUGUCUGCAGCGUCACCUGUGGAAAUGGCAACCAGAAACGGACUCGCUCUUGUGGCUAUGCAUGCAUUGCAACAGAAUCCAGGACCUGUGACCGUCCCAACUGCCCAGGAAUUGAAGACACUUUCAGGACAGCAGCCACCGAAGUAAGUCUGCUUGCGGGAAACGAGGAGUUUAACGCCACCAAGCUGUUUGAAGUUGACAUGGACAGCUGUGAGCGAUGGAUGAGCUGCAAAAGUGAGUUCUUAAAGAAAUACAUGCACAAAGUGAUCAAUGACCUACCUAGCUGCCCCUGCUCCUACCCUACUGAGGUGGCCUACAGCACGGCCGACAUCUUUGACCGCAUCAAGCGCAAGGACUUCCGAUGGAAGGAUGCUAGUGGGCCGAAAGAGAAACUGGAGAUCUACAAGCCUACUGCCCGCUACUGCAUCCGCUCUAUGCUGUCCCUGGAGAGUACCACACUGGCUGCCCAGCACUGUUGCUAUGGCGACAACAUGCAGCUCAUUACCAGGGGUAAAGGGGCAGGCACACCCAAUCUCAUCAGCACUGAGUUCUCUGCUGAGCUCCACUACAAAGUGGACGUCCUGCCCUGGAUCAUCUGCAAGGGGGACUGGAGCAGGUACAAUGAGGCCCGGCCUCCCAAUAACGGACAGAAGUGCACAGAGAGCCCUUCUGAUGAGGAUUACAUUAAACAGUUCCAAGAAGCCAGGGAGUACUAAAGCACCGCUGGUUUGGAAACACAAAUGCACUGCACUGAUCUGCCAACUGUCACCCAGCUCUUUUUAUCCACAUUUUUGUAUAUUUGUAUAUUCCACAUGAGUAUUUUUAUAAGUACACUAGGGAUAUGUGCCAGGUCUGGGGGACUGCUAUGUCCAGUGCCUAUAAACCAUGUGGGAAGUCCUCCUAGUGUCUGUGUGGGCAGGAAGAGGAACCUGAGCGCAAUAGUGGGUGUGAUUCAAUUCCCACAUCCAUCCAGCGCACGGGAGCACAGAGACUGGGGUUGUAAACAUUAUAAGCAGUUUUUAUAUAUAACUUAUUUAAUACGAAUGUGACUUGCGUGUAACCUUUUCUCUGGAGUUGUCCUUGUAAAAAUUAUUUAAUCACUUCUGAGAGAGUUCAGAAAGAAAAGGGCUUAGGGGAAUGAAGAGAAAAGGAAUUUUGCAGUGGAAAUGCACCAAAGCAAUAAACACCCACCUUACCCCAGGUGUUCUUUAGUCGUGGGGCGUCUGAUGGAGUCACAGAUUCCAACAGUUUCUUGUCUUAAGCAAGGGUGGGCAGGAAGUGAGUGUUUGGAGUUGAAUCUAAGACAUGGUUUUAAAUGGCUUUAAAAUAAACGACCAGUGUAAUUCUACUAAGGAGCCCCAGCAGUGGUGCCUCUGCCCAGUCCUACCAGGCUCAGAGGACUGUGGGGAGUUCAGGCAUGAAGCCAGGAGCGGCACUUUGCAAAGAAAAAGCAAAACAAGUUGGGAAAUAAUAUGGGCCUCGUUUUGUCUAUUGUAUUUUAAUAUAACAACUUUUCUCCGCCAAUAUAUUCCCAGUAAAUAAAUAUGAAAAGGGGUGAGGGGAGCCAAAGUCUGGGAAAUCCUAAUUUUUUUAUGUUUAAAAAAAACUGCAUUAUUUUUGUAAAGUAUUUAUUGAGUCAUUGGCUAUUGUGCACUGUGCAGUUAUAAGACAGUCCACUUUUGUGGGGGUAGAACUUGAGGACAGAUAAAGAGUUGGUUCUUAUGCAAUUUUUUACUUGCAAAACUCCAGGAUAAAAAGAUAUAUAAUAAAAUCAUAAUAAAAUGUGUUACUGAAUCCUUGAUUUAUGAUACAAGUAGUGUAACAGCUCCAAGUGAAGCAAGGUUUUCAUGAGGAGAAAGUGUCAACCCAGGUGGGAAUAAAAGAUUCACAAACUCAACAGUGGCCAGGCCAAGUCAUCGCGUCUUCGGCAUCAAGAGCAUCUCCCCAGCCCCCAAGUAGCUCAAGUUAAUAGGCACAUGUAUUCUUUUGUCCUCACCCAGAACUAAGAAAAUCGAACUAAAGCAAAGACUUAAACUGGGCAAGGCUACUUCCAGACAAAAUAAAGACAUACAAGGAAUAAGUAGAACUG